GAAGGACGAGGAAGUCCCAAUUCCCGAAGUCUGUUCAAUUCCACUUGCGUUAUCUUUUUUGGUCUUCAUCUGAUCUGCCUGUCUCUGCCUCUCUCUCUCUCUCUUCUUUCUCUCUCUAUCUCUGUUUCACACGGUUCCACUUUCACCUUCUUCUCUUCUGGUCCUCUCUCUCUUCCUUAGCUCACAAGACAGCUGAAAUCGACAUAACAUCUCUCUCUCUCUUGUGUCUGAGAUUGAUCCAUUCAUUAAAAGCCGGUGGAGAUGCAUAUGCUUGUGAACUGCUCCAACUGCCAUAUACCGCUGCAACUUCCACUGGGAGCCCAAUCGAUAAGAUGCGCACUAUGCCAAGCCAUCACCCACAUCGCCGACCCUCGCAGCCUCCCUCCUCCUCUUCCUCCUCCUCCCCAACCCUAUAAUUACUAUUCUGCUCCAACGUUACCGCCACCAGCACCCUCUCCCUACAACCACGCUCCUCCUGGGCCUCCGCCUUCGCCGCACGGACGCAAGAAGGCGGUGAUAUGCGGCAUAUCGUAUCGAUACUCCAGGCAUGAACUCAAGGGAUGCAUCAAUGAUGCCAAGUGCAUGCGUCAUCUUCUCGUCAACAAAUUCAGUUUCCCUGAAUCCUCCAUCAUUAUGCUUACCGAGGAUGAAACCGAUCCAUACAGGAUUCCAACUAAACAAAACUUAAGGAUGGCAUUGUAUUGGCUUGUACAAGGUUGUCAACCAGGAGAUUCUCUAGUUUUUCACUAUUCUGGUCAUGGUUCACAGCAGAGGAACUAUAAUGGGGAUGAGGUUGAUGGAUAUGAUGAGACCCUAUGUCCCUUGGACUUUGAAACUCAGGGAAUGAUUAUUGAUGAUGAGAUUAAUGCGACAAUUGUUAGACCCCUUCCUCCUGGGGUUAAGCUGCAUGCAAUUAUUGAUGCUUGCCAUAGUGGAACCAUGCUAGACUUGCCUUUCCUCUGCAGAAUGAACAGGAGUGGGCAGUAUGUAUGGGAAGACCAGAGCCCUCCAUCUGGGGUUUGGAAAGGGACAAAUGGAGGGGAAGCGAUAUCCUUCAGCGGUUGCGAUGAUAAUCAAACCUCUGCUGAUACUUCAGCUUUAUCAAAGAUCACUUCAACAGGUGCUAUGACCUAUUGUUUCAUUCAAGCAAUUGAGCGUGGACAGGGAAUUACGUAUGGGAGCAUGCUAAACUCAAUGCGGAGCGCUAUUCGUAAUACGGGUAAUGACCUUGGUGGUGGUCCAGUAACAUCUCUCCUCACCAUGCUUUUGACGGGAGGGAGCCUAAGUGGGGGAUUGAGACAGGAGCCGCAAUUAACAUCAUAUGAACCAUUCGAUGUAUAUGCAAAGCCCUUCUCCCUGUGAUUAAUGUCUUCUCUAUCUGACAACCUACGGGAAAUAACCAGAUUGUUCGAUAGAGCUGGAGUGGGUUGUUCUGCACUUGAGCUACUUUCUCAAUUUCAUUUGAUUGCAAUAUGGUUCAGAAGUGAGGCUGGCAGCGCUAAGCUUGAAAAGAUUCGUGCACCUGACACUGGAUCUCACUGGUCGUCAAAAAGCGAUGGAACUUUAUUAAGAUGAAGGAUGCAUCAGAACCGUCUAGGGUGGAUCAUUCAGCGAUAUUGUUGAACAUAAACCAUGGUGAGUAGAGCAAGGCUAAGGAGACCCAUGGAGAACUACUGUGGCUACUGAGAUGGUGAUGAGUACAGACAAAUGAAUUUAUGCCUUCUAUGCUCCUUAUCAUGUGAUCUGGUGAUGAGUAAAUUUAAAUGAACUUUUGCCUCCAAACGAUAUCAGAAAGAAAAAAAAAAAAAAAAAAAAAAAAAAGUGUAUAGACUUUCAUUUUCAUGUGUGUCAAUAUGAAAGGCUCCUCACUGUCUUGUAACUGGGAACUGGCUGGCCUUUUGCUUAGCUUUUCAAAACAAAACAAACAAACAAAAAAGAGUGUUCAGUGUG